AUGGCGGACACUGUCUUGAAGCAUCGAGCUGAGUUUGCCUUUGCUCAGCUUGAGAACGAGAGAUCUCUGACAUCUCUUCGUGAAGAGCUAAGGGUAGCUCGUGAAAUUGCUGAUCGGUCUCGGGAUGAGAUAGCUGCUCUUCAGACCCUUGUUGAUGCCCACCAUCGGGAGCACAAGGCUCUCUGCGAGAUGCUUGAGCGCAAGGGCGUUCUUCAUCGGAAGAAGCAGCGUACUGAUGGUACGGCUUAA